AUGGAAGAGGAAGAAGAAGAACCAUUUAUUGCCUUAAUCAAAAAGCCAAGGCUUACCGAGAAUGUACCCUUUGGUGAUCUUUUUGGUACUUUGGUGCAAACUCCUCUCGUUCCGGCGCCUGUUUCUCUUGAGAGAGCUCCUUUUGCUUCUGCCUCUACUUCUGAGAUGGCCAUUGUCCCUUCUAUGUCUUCUCCACCUCUUGCAUUGGCCUUGCCCCCUUUGGCUCCUGGGCCACAGGCAAAACGAACACCUUGCCGGAGAUCUUCUCCUAGUGCCGAGCCCUCGGCGAUUCAUGUUUCCACAACUGAGUCAGUAUCCCUUGCAUUGCCACCUUCCAUGUCAUCUAGUUCUUCUUCUGCGGCUCUUGUUUCCACUACUUCUUUCCCUUCUAUUGCAUCUUCUUCAUCCCUACCUCCUUCUCCUUCAAUCUCCUCACCUUUAUUCAGACAAGCUUUGGGUCUGCCUUCUUAA